GGCGGGAUGGGCUGGGCUGGGCUGGGCUCGGCACGGCUCGGCUCGGCACGGCGGGGUUCGGCACGGCACGGCUCGGUUCGGUUCGGUUCGGCACGGCUGGCACGCAGCGCGCUCCCGCAGCCGCAGGGCUCGCUCUCCCUCUCCGAGUCUUGGAUAGAGCUGGGAUUAAUUCGAGAUCUCUUGCCUGAAAGAGAUGUUCCGUUUAAAAUUCCCAAUCCCGAAGGCAUAUUGGAGUUUGGUUCUAGGGAUGGCACCCGCAGAGCCCGAGGCCGCCCCGGCCCGCCGGUGAGGUGCCCCCCAGCAGCCACCCCGAGCCCCCUGGCCAGAGCACGAUGAACAAGCUGCCUUUCCACAACAACAGAGUCAUGCAGGACCGGCGCAGCGUGUGCAUCUUCCUCCCCAACGACGACUCCCUCAACAUCAUCAUCAACGUGAAGAUUUUGUGCCAAGAGUUACUGGUGCAGGUGUGUGACCUCCUGAGGCUGAAGGAUUGUCACCUCUUCGGGCUCAGCGUCAUCCAGAACAAUGAGCAUGUGUACAUGGACCUGGCCCAGAAACUCUACAAGUACUGCCCCAAGGAGUGGAAGAAGGAGGCCAGCAAGGGCAUCGACCAGUUUGGCCCCCCCAUGAUCAUCCACUUCCGAGUGCAGUACUACGUGGAGAACGGGCGGCUCAUCAGAAUGGACAAAAGGGAAGUGGAGGCCUCCCUGACCCUGGGGCUGACAACACGGGGCAUCCAGAUUUUCCAGAACCUGGAUGAGGAAAAGCAGCUGCUCUAUGAAUUCCCAUGGACAAACGUGGGGAAACUGGUGUUUGUGGGCAAGAAGUUCGAGAUCCUGCCGGACGGGCUGCCCUCGGCCCGCAAGCUCAUCUACUACACGGGCUGCCCGCUGCGCUCGCGCCACCUCCUGCAGCUGCUGAGCAGCAGCCACCGGCUCUACAUGAACCUGCAGCCCGUGCUGCGCCAGGUCCGCAGGCUGGAGGAGAACGAGGGUACGUGCUCCCGGCCCCAGUCCCGCCAGGACAGGCACCGCAUUGCGCCGAGGGAACCUUUGUCCCCAUGGACAGCAGGGGUGGAUCCCAAGAGAGCUGAGCCACCCCAAAAUAACCUUUGCACCCUCCUUCGUGCAGGACUCAUCGUGAAGGAGAUCAGCUCCUCCACCUCCAGCUCCUCGGAGACGGUGGUGAAGCUGCGGGGGCAGAGCACCGACUCCUUACCCCAGACAACGUGCAGGAAACCCAAGACGUCGACAGACCGGCACAGCCUGAGCCUGGAUGACAUCCGGCUCUACCAGAAGGACUUCUUGCAGCUGGCCAACCUGUGCCAGGACACGGCGCAGAGCUUCACCUUCGGCUGCGCCCACGGCCUGGACGAGGACGGGCUCUACUGCAACGGCUGCCUGGCCCAGCAGUGCAUCAACAUCCAGGACGCCUUCCCUGUGAAAAGAACCAGCAAAUAUUUCUCCUUGGAUCUGACCCACGACGAGGUGCCCGAGUUCGUGGUCUGAGCGUGGGGAGGCUCCGGCGCCGCCUCGCCCCAGCCCUGCCCUGCUCCCUGCACAGCCGGUGCUGGAUGAGGGGCAGGAUGGGCAUCCCCGGGCACGGAGUGCAUUCCAGAGGAGUUUGUGCCAAACACAAGUUGUCUUAUUCCGACUGGCAGGAGCGCAGCUCAGCUGGAGCUGGCGGAAGCCCAGCUGUGUCUUCUCGUGGCCUCUCUCCCCCUCCUUGCCCCCAGGUGACUCUGGGGUGGCUGGAAAGUGCCAGACUGUCGUGUUCAAGCCAAGCCAAAGAAAUGUAAAUAACCCUAAAGGCCAGUAUGGGAAGGGAGAAUUAAGCAAUAACCAGCCAGGGAUCUCUGGGCAUGGUGAUGUUCCAUGGAGGAAGGCAUGGCCAGCAGCUCCUGGGGCAGAGCAUGAUCCCAGUUUUUCCAAAAACACGUGCUGGAGGUCAGGCCACAGCAGUCCCAGCCAGGUGGAUGAUGGCUGGAAGCUCUCAGAGCCAUUUGCGACUUGUUUUUAUAUUUUUCUCUUUUUUUUCUAUGUAUUUUUUUUUGUGAGAGCAAAACCCCAAAACCAAAAAAAAAAAAAAAAAAAAAAAAAAAAAAAAACCAAAAAAAAAAAAAAAAAAAAAAAAAAAAAAAAAAAAAAAAACCACUCUCCCAAAAAAAAAAGAAAGCAAAGCAGGAUGGAAAAAAAUAAAUCCUCUAUAAGUAUAAUGCAAUAAUGCAUCCCAAACAUUGAAUAUCUAGAGAAUACAUAUAUAAAUAUAUCAAGGUAUGUAUGUUUAUAUAUGUCUGGAUCUUAUAGACCCAUUUGCAUUUUACUCCUGCUCUGAAACACCUUUUAUACAAAGGAUCUGCCUUUCUUCUUUCAUGAACUCUAGCAACAAUCCUAUCUUUUUUUUUCUUAAGCACUAAGAUGAGAAAACAGACUUUUCUCUCAAGGAGAAUGUGCAUCCUUGCCUUGUCCGUGUGGCUCUUCCCGUUCAUUUCCCUUCUCUUUUCCCAAGGCUUUUCAUGCGUCCUUAGGUGUCUUACAGCUGGAAUAAUUCUGCCAGAGGAUGAUGGUGACAUGCUAGGAAAAUCCAGGGGUGGUUUCUGAGUGUGUCCCAGGGAAGGCAGACAGCCCAGGUGGAAUAUUUACCUAUUGCAGAGUUAAUUAUCACAGCACAAUGCCUUUGUAGUGGAUAUUUUUAAUUAGAGUUUAGCCAUUGACAGCCAAAGUUUUGCCAUAUUUUGAUACACCACCGUUUUGUUUUUGUUUUUUUUUGUUUUGUUUUUUUUUUUUUUUUUUUUAACUGGAAACUUUUUUUAAAAAAAAAAACCAAAAAAAAAGUAUAAUUAUUUUAUAAAUAAGCACAAUCUUAUUUUUAUAAGAAAUGUUGGGGGAGGGAGCUGAGAAAUGGGAGCUGGUACCAAAAGAAAUGGAGAGUAGCUAUAGGCACAGUGCAAAAAAAACCCAAAAUCUCUUGGGAUGUUGGGUUAUGGGAGAGCUGCUGUGGGACUGUGGCACUGGCACCGUGCCCCCACCCCAGAGCUUGAUCUGGCCCUGCCUGAGGGGUUUUAUGGGAAAAUCAUGUCAAUAUCCCAUGUUGGCAGGGCAGGAUGGUGGUCCCUAAAGCAUCCUUAUGUCCCUAAAUCCACACAGGGCAGCUGGAGGGAUGGGGAUGCUGCUGGGGCUCAGGGCUGUGUGCCCCACUCUGGUUUGGGUAACGCCCCACCAAGUACCCCAAAAACCUCUCUUUGGGUGCUGGGAUAACGUUUGUGAGUCCAGCCCCCACCCACAGCUGGGUUUGCAGUGUGUGCACCAGCAGGGUGAGUUUCCACGCUGGCACAGGCAGGAAAACUCCCCAAAUUCAUCCCCAGCCUCUUUUUCCCCCCUCUGCCAGCCUCUGGGUGCUCCCCAUGGGACCCUCACCCUGCAGAAACACAGAGCUGGAGGGAAAAAAGGGAUAAAACGUGUCAAGAGAUGCUCAACUCUGCUGAGAAAUGGGGAGGGGGCAGCCCCAUCCCAUUGCCCUGCAUCCAGAUUUGGGGUGGAGCAGUGGGGUUGGGAAUGGGCUGGGAUGGAGCUUGUCCCUACAAACAGCAGCAGUGCCAGGGAGCAGGGGGACACAGAGGUGCCAUUUGAGCAGGGGGACACAGAGGUGCCAUUUAUUCCCAGUUUUCCCGCAGGUGGCCGUGCCCUCCCGCCCUUGGGGCUGUUCCCCCUGCAAUAAGGAGCUGUCUGUCUGCACAAAAUAAUCCUUUCUGUGAAAGGAUCUUUCCCAUCAGGGCUGAUGGGAGAGCCCAGUGACUGUGUUGCAAAAGGAGCAGAAAAAAGAAAAAAAAAAAAAAAAAAGAAAAAAAAAAAAAAAAGGAAACUCAAGGAAAAUCAAGCGAAAAUCCCCGGAGCGAAAUUCUUUUGUACCAAUGAAGUUUGUUGUGUGCCUUUUGCAGUACGGCUGGACGUGACAAUAAAGUGACAGUUGUUUGCA